AUUAUGCCCGACGGUCUGUUUUUUGGAUACUUCUGACUCUCAAUAGAAUCAGCUCCUUGUGCGCAGAUAACUUGGGUGACAUUUCAGAGUGUUUCACACAGGCAGUCGCUUGACCGGUGGUUAUUGUUAGAUUUUUUCUGUUCCGCGCAUUUUUUCCGUUAGUAUAUUUCAUUAUUCUGUGUUAAAGGUAGUUGCUUCUUCCCGUAAUCUGCGCGUUCCUCAGUUUCACCUUGUCUUUUCAACCCUUUAAUUUUUACUCCAAUUUAAAAGGAUCUACAGGAACCUCUCUAAAGUUCUCACAAAUCUCGGCAGCUACAAGGAAAAUCGAAUCUGACAUCCACACAUGAGGCUUAAACAAAGGACACCAAGAAGAAAUGAAAAACGGAAGCUCUUCGUUUCUUCAAGAAAAACUUUUAGGAAGUGGAGUGGUAAACGAAAAAAACCAACCAUGCCAGCCACCGAUGAGAGACCGACUUUGAGUCUUGUAACGUACAUGUGUCCAAGUCAUCCAGUUGAAAUGUUUGAGACGAUAAUGGCCUAUUUGGAAGAGGAAGUUAAAGUAAAGGCUGUGCUGCAGUACGAAUCACGUCACCCAGGGCCUCUUCCCGAUCGCGAGGAUCCCUUUGAACAUGAUCUCAUUGAUUUGGCUUUCAUGUCGCCCGCGGAGUAUUUGAAGCUUCACGACAAUAACAACCAACACGCCGAGUUACUCCCAGUUGCCGCUGUGUUUAAGCACUCCAAAAAUACGACUGAAUCGGCCGAUUACUAUUCAGAUAUAAUAGUCCACACUGAUACUAGGAGUUACGUUAAUGCUUUGGAAGAUCUCCGAGGAUGCCAAUGGGCUUACAACCACGAAAACUCACUGAGCGGCUAUAUCUCUGUCUUGAAGGCACUUAAGGAUAUUGGAGAGGGUUCUCAAUUUUUUGGUAACACCCUAAAGGCUGGUUCCCACUUAGCGUGCAUCAAAAUGGUGCAACAGAAACAAGCAGAGGCUGCAGCCGUGGAUGCAAAUGUUCUGGCUUACAAUCAAAAGAAACUGCCUGAUUAUGGAAAAGACAUCAGCGUCCUUACGAGUCUAGGUCCACUCCCACCGUAUCCGAUUGUGAUCAGCAAACAAGUUCCCGGGGAACUGAAAAGUAAAAUCGUCGAAGCACUCCUAAAAGCGACGAAAACUCGUCUGUGGGGCAAGCGUCUGGAGGCUUUUGGUAUCGUCGGCUUUCAAGCAAAUCACCCGGACAAAUAUUUCAGCAUUCGAGAAACGUAUGAGGUUUUGAAAAACAAGCGGCUGAACAACAUUUACUAUUAGUGUUCCUCCUCGAAACAUAUUUUAUACGUAUUUAAACGUUAUUUCACUUUUUUUAAGGCAGUUUUCGGUCAAAGGAACUGAUUUACGCCUAUGAUAUCUCAACCACAUACCUAUUUCUUUGUUCCCUGUUAUUGUAAUUUGUACUAUUGUGCUCGUUUUUUAGUCAAAUUUUUAUGAAUCAAUGUUGCUUGUUAUUUUAAUAAUUAGUUUUACUCAAUGAAAGUUCUCACAAAGAUUUUAUAAUGAAAGUUCGAAAAAUAAAUUACUCCUAUCACGGAACUCAUAUGUUUAAAA